AAGCAGGAGCCACAUCGUUGUGAAAAGUGUGGAAAAGGUAAACAUGAAGAGAAAAAUGAAUUUUUGACAUAAAAAAUAUGUGGUACUGUAGAAUUUUAAUUAAAAAACCAUUUAUGUGCGGAAGGGUUUUCUUUUUUGUUUUUUUUUUACUUAUCUAUAGUCUGUCAUUAACCUUCAAAUUUGUAUACCGGUACAUAUGAUGUAAACAUAUACUAAAGGAUCAUUCUAAGAAUUGCUAUUAAUUGUAGCAAAUAUGCUAUUCAGUAUUACCUGUUGAGAAUUCAUUGAUUAAGCACUUAUCAAGACAGCAAGUAAUAUUGCUCUAACAAAACUGCCUCUGCCUGAUGAACUAGUUGAGGCAGUAUGUAUAAUUUGUAAAAGUUUUUUAAAAAUUUGGCCAAUACAUCAGACCAUCUUAAUCAAAGAUAUCUAAGAUCAGCUUGAUAAGAGCCAAUUCUUUCCCUCAAAGUUAGGAAAGAAAGAUAUAAAAAUUCAUUUUUCCCCAUACUAUCAGAAUUUACCAAGCGUGCCGCUGCCACCCCCCCCCCCCCCCCCUCCCACCGCUACAAAAUCUAAAUAAUCCCUCUUAAAGUCAAUAUAGUCACUAAAUGAAGUUGCAUGGGAUAUGAAAACUGAUUUUUGUACUUAAGAAAAACUUUUGAUGCUUAAUUUUCAAUUGUUCUAGUUUAUAAAAAUAUUUGCCUUUGUAAGAAUAUCCAUCUAUGUGCUGAAAAUCAUUAUGUACAUUGUAUUUAAAAAAAACGUUCCAUAUUUUUUUAUCAAUAAAAAUAAAAGAAUCUUAUCUUAACAGUAUAAGCGUUAAACAUUUAAAGUAUGGUACCUUCCUUUGUAACUUUGUUUUAAAAAGAAUGUUUUUUUCACUGCUAAAAAUUUUUUCUAUCUUAGUAUUCUUAGGUAUGUUUUUUAUUUUAAAAGUUUUAACUGUAAAUGUUAAAGUCAGUGCUCUAUAUUACAGAUCAUUUCAAUUUUGUUUUGUUUAAAAAAGGUUACAUAAGACACAGUGAUCUAGUUGUUCAUAUGAGAUUCCACAACAAAGACAAAGCAUUCAUGUGUACAAUGUGUGAUAAAAAAUUCUUCCAAACAGGUUUGUGCCAUUUUUUUUAGGUCAACUUCAAAGGUUAAUAACUUUCAGAAUGUUAUUCCAUCAAGGGGUUUAGGUUAAAGCCAACUUUCGGAAUGUUAUCCUGUGAGCUGCUGCGUGGGCCCUUCAACCCCUGCAACUGUAGGGGGGGGGGGGCCGUGGAUAUUUAAAGGGGGGGGGGGGGGGGGGGGGGGGGGGGGGCCGUGGAUAUUUAAGGGGCCCAAAUUUUUGGGGUGCAAAAUAUGAAACCCUAUUAUCUUUGAAUGCAUGGGACACCAAACUGAGAAGUGGCAGGGGGCUUCCAAAAAUCAUGUGAUGGCUCUAGUUAUCCCUCAAGGCGCUUGGGUUAAAGUUAAAGCCUUCUUUAUUUUUUGUUUUUUUUCUACAAACUAAACAUAAAUUUUAUAUGAAAAUUUAAACUUAACUAAGUAUAUUAAAAUGCCUUAAACCAUCUGUUAUAUUCAUUUUAAUUUUUUUUUUGUUGCUAUUACUUUGAUUGAAUUGUUUUUACUAUAAUUUGUUUGCUUUUCUUAAAUACUCUUGCAGAAUUGCAUCAAAUAUAAUAUUUUCUUUUAAUAUUCUCAAAUAUUAGAUUCGCAUAAUAAAUUUGAGUCAUUAAUUGUCUGCUAAGGGAAAGUGGAGAUCAGAAAGCUGGUUUCUAUCAAGUGUCUUUGCUGUAUUUAGGUGACCUGAGUAGACAUAUUCGAAGGGCGCAUAAACCAAGCAGUCAGCUAACUUGUGGUCAUUGUGAUCGCAAGUAUGCAUGUGAAACCACACUAAUACGUCACAUGAAAGUAGUUCACAAGGAUAUC